CCUCCCUUUCUUCAUCCAGCGGUAAGAGUAUAAACAGCUGAAGUGUAACAGAGAACUCUGAGUGCACCAGAAAUGUCGUUCGUAAGACUCGGCCAGGGACGAAGAAAGAGGACGCUUGUGAGAAAGAAACCAAUAUGGGAUGAUUCAGUCAGUGAUCUAGAUGUAUAUCGUGCCUCUCCUGAGGAAGUUAGGCAAAGAAGGGAGUUACAUAAAUCAAAGAAUCACAUUGCUGUAAAAUUGGAAAAGAUGAGAAAAGAGAAGCAGCGGCAAUGUUCAGGACUGACAAAUGUUGAAGCAAGACAAGUAGCUAUCAUGAAAGAGGUUCUUCAUGAUCAGGAACAGCUUGACUCUGUGUUAGCCAAGACAGAUCAGAUGAUGGCUAUGGUGAAAGAUCUAUUUGGUGAUGAUGCUAAGAAAUACAGAGGUGUUCCUACUAUCACUGUGCCACCUGGAGAUUCCAAAAGAUCUGGAAAUCUUAUGCCCAUUGUACCGGAGAUUCAGACACGAACCGAGAAACUUAGUGAGUCAGUGAUGAGCACUUCGGCACUCAAUGAUCUGUCAGAAACAUCAGAUUCUGAAACAGAAGGACAGCAGCCAACACCUAUCAAUUUCCAAUCAUUGAUGGAUAUACAGAGGUUUCAGCAGUUCCUUUACGAAGAAGAAAAUCGAAACACGAAUGCCAUCCCAUCAUCAGAUCUUCCAAAUCAGGCUGAUGCUCAACGGCUGGAUCAGUUGCGAAAAUUUCUCGCAGAUGAGGCACAACGUCAGUUUGGUGCUGCAGAUGGUGCAGAAAGGUUUGGUGCUGUUGGAGGCAAAAUUCAAAAUGACAAUAAUCAGACUUUGAGCACGAUCAGUGGUCAUGGUGAGACACGUAGUCAUAUUGGGCCUCAGGGUCAUGGUCCUGUACAUAGCACUCACCUUCAAGCUUCUGUGUCACAGGGUUAUAAUAUUAGUCAAAAAGAAAAGAUCAAAGAAAUAAACAUAUUUUUGUUUUCCUUUAUUUGCUCUAUAUCUAAUUUUGCAAGUUUGCAGGUCAGCAAACACCACCUAGAAGAGAAAACAACUCUGAUCAGCAGACUUCUUAGAUCAGCUUUGAAUGACACAGGGAAAGUGAAAAAGACCAAAAGAAAAACAGAAUCAGAAAUUUCACAAAAUGCAUCUUCAUCAUUUAGCAUGAGUGAUAUGAGAAAGGUACUGGAGUCUCUUCAAGCAGAAAUAGCUGACUUUGAGCUUCAGACAGGCAGGAGACCAGCUGCAGGAGCUGCACAAACAGAAACAUUCAGUGGAUAUACUAUAGCUCUUGUGACAGCAGUAACAAAGCUCACCUACUACCUAAGAGAGACGGAAAAGCGUCUUCAAAUGGAAACAAUGGUCCGAGAACAACUUACUCAAGAUGUCAGGCAGCUAGCAAUAACAGUUGACUCUCUUACUUCAGAAGUUAUAAUGACUCAGGAAGAGUAUGGAAAACUGUUUGGGGAGCAUGAACGUUACCGACAGCAGAUACAGGGAGAACUGGCCAUGUUGCAUGCACAAAUUCUGGACCUUAAGCAUCAGCAGUCAGCUCAAACAUCCCAGCAUUCCACACCAGCCAGGGCAGCUUCUGCUGGACUUCAAAAUGGUGAGGUGAAUCUUGGUGUCAAUGAUCAAUUGGAUCACCCAUCAACAGCAGUACUUCUGUCCCCUGUCAUCCGCAAAACUCGUGUGACUGACGGAGUUGAAGCAGUACACUUAAAGACCAAAAAACAGACUUCAUUGGUGGACAUCACAUCCUUGGCACAAGCUGAUGGCUUUAUGCCAGGACAAGAGCAAGUGCAGACCUUGGCAGUUGCACCAAAACCAUUAACAGUAGCAUCAAUGGCCUCGUCAUCCUCUUCAUCUCAACAGUUCGAUCAGAACCUCCACAUGGCACAGACCUUUCAUCAGAGGAUGACCACAUCUGUUGGAGCAUCCAGUGAGGCCAGGAUGCAGCAGGUUGGUGCCACCUGGCUACAAGCUGUGCCCAGCAGGCCCAGGGCUAUGGAGGAGCAGAUUGCUGAAUUGAACAGACAACACACAGAAGCACAACAGCGGCUGCAAUCUUUGCUGGACCAGCAGAAACGCCAGCAUGAACAGUUGCACAUAUUCAGCACAGAGGAUGUAGUUUCUGGUCAGAACAUCCAAGAGACAACAAAAUCUGCAGUGUCAAGUGCAGUGUCUCCACCCAUCUCCCCUAUUUCCCAAAAAUCUGAGCUCUUCACAAGCUUAAAACCGCUUCAUCACUUUGCAAGUAUGUCCCGGGAGAUUAAAGUUGCAUUGCCUAUGGUGGAUCUGAAUGUUUCUGAUGGAAGUGUAAAUAGCCCUUAGGGUAUUAUCAGGACAAGUUUGGAACAGAAGUGCUACAUGCUGACAACAUAAUUUA